AGUAAUUUUUCUGGUAUAACUAUACUCCGUUUAUUAGUUAAAAAUAAAAUUUAAAGGUAAACCCUGAGCAAGAACUUUAUUAAUACUGAUUUUAAUGGGAAAGACAUAACUCAGAAGACAAAAAAGAUUCUUUAAAAUGGUCUGAAGGGGGCUGGCUAGGUUUACUGACCUGAAAUAUAUUUUUGUAGCCAAAAUGUACCAAAAUGAAUAAAAGAAUCUUUUUUUGAUAUUAUGUGAUUAUUUGAUAUUUUGAUAUGAAUAUUAUGUGGUAAUAUUGAUAUUGAUGAGGUUCCUGCUCAGAGUUUACCUUUAAUUUUUAUUUUUAAUUAAAAAUUACCAAUUCAGCAACUUAAAACUUCUUUUUUUAAAGUUUUAAGAAUAUAAUAUCAAUUAAAUACAGAAACUAUUCCACUUUCAGCACCAGGGUGAAACGUACACUACACUAUCCGGAACCUGUAAUCGGUGCGUAACGCGUAUAUACUAUAUAUUGCUGUUGACAAACGUUUUCGAGCGAUCUCUUUGCUCUUCUUCAGGUCAAUUGGAAUUCCCUGGACAGAGUGUAUACUAUUUGUUGGGAUCGGGUGUCAAUUCCGACAGGGUAGGUCUUUUCUGACAUGUGCGGUCGCACGGUGGGGGAGGAAGUGGUGGGUUGGCAUCCAACAGUGAUUGCCAGAGACAGAGUCAGAUCUUCCUUCCGGUUAACGCACAUGGUUAGCCGACCAGCGUUGUAGAUAGCCGCAGCCUCUAGCCACCUUAGAUGCUCUUGGUGGGGUGUGUUGAUGAUAACAGUAGCUUUUUCAAAUCGCGCUUCGAUUUCGGGAUCCGACGCAUAGGUGGCCAAUGCUGUGGUUAGUCUCCCGUGUCAGAUAUCUGCCUGGUGUUCACGUAGGCGGGUGUUCAAGGAACGUUUGGUCAAGCCGAUUUAUAACAAGUCUUCGUUCUUCCUGUUGUCCCUGAUUGGGAUAGAAUAGACUCCGGGAAGUCUGGUGCGAUUGGGAGGGUCUUUAUCAUUCCACGGAAUACGGAAAAUUGUGGGACAUCUGUAUGCCAACCGUAUCCCGUGUUCUCUGGCUAUCCUCCUAUGUACUGUCUUAAGGUAUGGGUUAAAUGUGAUGGGGACUCGUGCCAAACCGUCUUGCUGUGGGUCGGCAAUGUUACCUGCAGUCAGGGCGUGUUUCCAGCAUUGGUAUCAUUCUAUUAAGCAGCAUGUCAUGUUCGGAAACCCGUGCUCAGUUGCUGUCUUCCUGAUGCGGGCUAAUUCGGUUGUCAGGGCUUGCUUGGUGGAUGAGUGUGAGAAUGCCCUUUCUACCAGAGCUCUAAAGGUGGCUGCCUUGUAUGGGAAAGGGUCACAAGAAUCGGCUGGUAUGUACGUGGGGGUGGCUGUGGGUUUGUGGUAUACGGCCACGUGGAUGUUGGGUCCUACUAUUUUUAUUCCAAUGUCUAGAAAAUCGACCUCCUCUGUACUAGUCUGCUCUAGUUCAACCAUCAGACCGAAAGGGUUGUUGUUGAUGGUUCUGAUGAAGGAUGUCAUGUCAGGGAUCUCUCUUCAUAUGAUAAGAAUGUUGUCUACGUAUCUUUUACAUAUUAGGAGGUUAGAAAGGAAAGGCGGGAGAGCCUUACUCUCGAGGCGUCUGACGACCAUUUCACAGAGGUCGCCUGACAGUAGUACCCAUUGGUACACCACUCUUCUGCUGGUAAAUGGUGCCAUCAAACUUAAAAACAGAAUCGUAACACAUGAGGGCUACUGUUAUUUACCUUUUAGCUAAGAGACCUAGUGCUGGCUGAAAAAAAAUAAAAAUACCAGUCAUAAUUUUUUCAAUUUGCCCCUCUAGCUCCCAAUGAUUUAUUCCUGGUAUGGGACUGAUGCCCUUGUAUAUUCUGGAUGAUUUAUUGCAGUUUCUGGAGAAGGACUAUGGAAAUUCAUCUUUCUGCUCAUUGCUUGGGCACACAGAGCUUCUAAAUGACUUGCUGCAAAGCAAAUACUAAACAUUAUUUUUAUUUUUUUUCCUAGGUUUUCUUUUAAGUUAGUGAAAACAAGUACUAAUGUAAGUCUUUUGUAAAAGUAAAGUGGCAUAAAGUGAACUUUCAUAAAGCUGAUGAUAUCUGUAAUUGAUAAAAUUUUCAUUUAUUUAAUUAGUUAUUGCAUUGAUUAACAUAUUAGCCUAAAUAUAAGUCAAUCCCAAAUAUAAGUUUACUCCCAAUUUUGGCAUCUUUACUUUUUGAAAAAAAAAAAGAUGUGACUAUAAGUCAAACUUUUAUUAUUAAUUUUAUUUGCAUGCAAAAAAGUUAGUGGUUUGCAUUAAAAAGUUUAGAAAGUCAUUGAAACAAUACUUCAUUACUCUUAUCUUCAUCAGAAGUUUUAUUGUCAUUAGUUUUUUUAACUGUCUAAAAUAUAUUUUAUAAAGUCUAAAACAUUCAGUCAAACCUCAGGUUUUGAACACUGCUUUUCAAACAAUUUGGUUUACGAACAAAAUUUUGAACUCUUUUUUGCCCGGUUGCUGUACAGUAACUGAAUUGCCAAACUAGCUACUUGGCAGAGCUGGCCACCAAUGGUCAACUCCCUAUACUUCCUAUGUUAAAGAAAGUUGAUGGCUCAACCAAUCAAUAACAGGACAAUUCGGAAGUUAGUAGUGCUGAGAUUGUCUUGUGUCACAAUAUGAAUCAUUGAUGAUGUGCUAUUUAAAUUAUGAAUUAAGUUUGAAACCCAAGGUUUGACUAUAAUCAUAUUGAGAUACAUUAUAAUUACAUUAGAAAUUUACACUUUACACGGAAUAAGUUUUGCAGUAAAUUUUCAUCAACCUUCCUUCAAUUUUUGACACUUAAUAGCAGAGACACUAGGAGUAAAAUAAAAAUGUUACCAAAAUAAAAUUUUUGUACAAUUUAUCAAAAUUGGCUGAUUCUGUUGAAUACAAUAAAAGCAAUCAGCUUAGUUUAGUUUAUUGUUUCUUAACAAUCAAAUAUUUAUAAUUGUACCAAACACUUAAUUCCUAUCUAUAAUUUGUGGGCUGCAACAUGAUAGGUCACAAUUUGUCUGCAUUUAGCAUUAAUAAACAGUUGAUACACUGAUUUUACCAUCAUGUUAACUCUAUACAAUGCAUACCACAGAUAGUUAAUGAAAUUGAAGAAAAUUUUAAUCAGACUCCAAUAUAAGUUGAGGCUUGUAUAUAGGUUGAGAGCAAGUUUAUGCCCUUUUAAAACUGGAUUAAAACAUCAACUAAUAUUCAAGCCAAUAUGCAAGUAUUUCUUCGGCUGUAACAGGAAUAAUAUUUUUUUUUACAUUUAUGCCAUAUUUUGGUAUAUAUUUCCAUUAUAAUACACUUGCUUAUUCUGUGAAAAUAUCAUUAUGUUUAAUUUCAAAUACAGCAAUGUCUUUUGGAUGCAUGAUAUUAGCUAUGUGGGAAGGAACAGGUGCUGGAGCUCAGUGGAAAUAUCUUAGUUCUACAGCUUCACCAGAUGAUACAAUAACACUAAUUGAAGUAAUGGGAAUGAUGCUUUUUGAUACUGUUUGUCAUCUUAUAAUUACUUGGUAUAUUGAUGCAGUUUGUCCUGGAGAAUAUGGGAUUCCUCAAUCUUAUUACUUUUUUUUUACAAAAAGUUAUUGGACUGGUAAAGUUAAACCAUCAGAGAUAAAAUUCAUUCACAAAGAUGCUGCUGCAUCCAAUACUUUUAUAGAACCUGAUCCUAUAAAUAAAAAAAUGGGAAUUCAAAUUAAAGAACUUUCAAAGAUGUAUAAUAAAGGGAAAACAUAUGCAGUGAAGAAUAUUUCAUUAAAUAUGUAUGAAGGAAAUAUUACUGCAUUACUAGGCCAUAAUGGAGCUGGUAAAAGUACAACUAUUUCAAUCUUGACUGGACUUUUUCCACCAACAUCUGGAACAGCUGUAAUUAAUAAUUAUGAUAUUGUUACUGAUUCAAACAUGGUGCAUACCAGUUUAGGUAUUUGUCCACAGAACAAUGUUUUGUUUGAAGAACUUACAGUGAAGGAACAUUUACAAUUCUUUUGUAAGUUAAAAAAUUAUCAAAAAUGUGACAUUAAGGAUGAGAUAUGUAAUGUGCUUCAAAAACUUGAUUUGACAAGCAAACAGGAUACAAUGGCGAAACAUCUUUCUGGUGGAAUGAAAAGAAAAUUAUCAGUUGGAAUUGCAUUAAUUGGUGGAUCAAAGAUUGUGAUGUUAGAUGAACCAACAUCUGGGAUGGAUCCUUUUGCACGUAGGUUUAUUUGGGAUCUUCUCCUGGAGGAGAAAAAAACACGUACCAUAUUACUAACAACACAUUUUAUGGAAGAAGCUGAUAUUCUUGGUGAUAGGAUUGCUAUAAUGGCAAAUGGUGAAAUUAAAUGUUGUGGAACUUCUCUUUUUCUAAAAGGAAAGUUUGGUGGAGGAUAUAAUUUAACUGUAGUAAAAGAACCAAACUGUAUUUCUGAGAAAAUAUGCAAUUUAGUUUAUGAAACUGUUCCAGAUUCUGAACUGAAAAUCAGUACUGCAGCCGAACUUAAAUUUUGCUUACCUCGUAAAAGUGGAAUGAAUUUUGAAAAACUUUUUAAUGAACUUGAAAAAAAUAAAAAAGAACUUAAUAUAUCAAGUUAUGGUGCUUCAAUUACAACUAUGGAAGAAGUUUUUCUCAAAGUUGAUGAAUACUCUUCAAUAGGAAUAAAUCCUUUUUUAAAAGAAGAAUCAAAACUGAAAAUCAAUUAUUUGGCAAAUACCUUAUAUGAAGAUAAAAAUACUGCAUGUAUUGAUAUUUCAGUAUCAAAAUAUAAUGUAAAAUAUAUGCUCUACAUGCAACAACUAAGAGCGCUGUUUUUAAAGAAAAUAUUGAACACAUUUCGAAAUAAAUGGAUUACGGCUACUCAACUUUUCAUCCCUGUUUUAAUGAUUAUUGCAACAAUUUCAAUUAUUAAAUAUAUUCCUGAUAUAACUCAUGCACCACCACUUGAACUAACAUUGAAAAAUUUUGGAAGAACUUACAUACCGUAUUCUGUAAAUUGUUCAAACAAACUUAUUGAAGUUAUUGCCAACAAUUACCAGAUAAUUCUAAGUAAAGAAAAUAAUGUAUACAAAAUUGACACCAAUCUGAUGGAUUAUUUAUUAAAUGUCGCCAAUACAGAUUUAAGUAAUUUCACUCUUCACUUCAUUAUAGCAGCUGAAUUUUAUUGUGAUCAAAAUUCAGAUAUUAUUAAUGUAACAGCAUUAUUUAAUAAUCAAGCAUACCAUUCACCAGCAAUAUCUCUAUCAGCAUUACAAAAUGCCAUACUGGUUAGUACACUUGGUAGUUCUCACUAUCAUAUUACAACAAUAAAUCAUCCAUUACCAAGAACUCUAAGUGAAAAGACUGUCAGUAUUAAUGAAUAUAAUACAGACGCUUUUCAAUACACACAAAACACCAUUUUUGGUUUAUCAUUUGUUAUGGCAAGUUUUGUAAUUUUUGUAAUAAAAGAAAAUUCAAGUAAAGCAAAACAUUUACAGAUAAUAAGUGGUGUAAACAGAUUUAUAUUCUGGUUUUCUACAUUUAUCUGGGAUCUUUUAAAUUACAUUAUGUGUGGGAUUUUUACACUAUUGAGUUAUAUUAUAUUUAAUAUUGAAGCAUUUUAUUCAUUAGAAACACAAGCUGCAUUAUUUUUACUUUACACUAUUCAUGGAGUUGCAGUCAUACCAUUAAUAUACUGCCUUUCUUUUUUAUUUGAAGUUCCAUCUAGAGCAUUUAUUAUUCUCAGCAUUUCAUAUAUGUUUGUUGGUAAUGCAUUAACAAUAAUUAUAUCUUUACUGGAAAUUCCAUUCUUAAAUUUCAAAAAUAUUGCUAGAACUUUAGAUACCGUAUUUGCUCUUCUCUCGUCGCCAUAUUGUAUGGGACGUUCAAUAGGACUUCUUUACAAAAACUAUUAUUAUAAUAAAAUCUGUGAUAUACCUAUUGUAGAUAUUGUUUGUCAAAAUGAAAGUAGCCUUAUUUUUGAAGAAGUGAAAUCUUGUUGCAAAGACAAAUGUAUGUCCCCUUCUUUUUGUUUGGAUAGAACAGAUAAUAUUUAUUUGUGGGAAUUACCUGGUCUUGGAAAAAAUAUUAUCUUCCUAUGUUUGCAUGCCAUUUUUAAUUUUGCAAUGUUGAUUUUCAUUGAAAAGAAAGGAUUUAAAAAUUUGAAAAAAAUCUAUUAUAUUUUUAAAAAGAAACACGAUCCGAUUUAUCCCCCUCCUUUGACAUUAGACGACGACGUAAAAGAAGAGUCUGAUCGAAUUUUAAAUACUGAAUUAUCAGAGUUACAGAAAACCGACAUUGUUAUUUUGAAAGAACUGACAAAAUUUUAUCAACGUUUUUGUGCCGUAAAUAAAUUAACUCUUGGAAUAAAGAGAGGAGAAUGUUUUGGAUUACUUGGUUUAAAUGGAGCCGGUAAAACUACAACAUUUCAAAUGUUGACUGGUGAUGAACCCAUAUCAUCUGGUGAUGCUUAUUUAGAUGGAAUCAGCAUAAAAUCACAAAUUUUUAAGAUUAAACAUAGGAUAGGAUACUGUCCACAGUUUGGAGGUUUAAUUGAUAUUUUGACAGGAAGAGAAACACUUACAUUAUUUGCAAGAUUGCGUGGCGUUCCAGAGAGAGAAAUUCCUAAACAAAUUUUUAUUCUUAGCGAGAUGCUGCUUUUUACUAAGCACAUUGACAAAUUGGUGAAACAGCUCAGUGAUGGAAAUAAGAAGAAGCUUAGCACUGCAGUUGCUCUCAUGGGAGAUACUCCUGUUGUGUUUUUGGAUGAACCGACCACUGGUAUGGAUCCGGCAGCACGAAGAUGUCUCUGGAAUACUCUGAUUGCAAUUACCAAACAAGGACGUUCAAUUAUUUUGACGUCUCAUAGCAUGGAAGAAUGUGAAACUCUGUGUUCUAGAUUAGUUAUAAUGGUGAAUGGCCAAUUUUGCUGUCUAGGGAGCCCUCAACAUUUGAAAAAUAAAUAUGGGCAAGGUUUGACUCUGAUAGUUAAAGUUAAAAGAUGUAUUACCGAAGACGACACUGAUUUUGAAGCAGCACUGACAAAACACGUUAAGUUUCAAGAUAACCUAAUAGCAUUUAAGAAUUAUAUGAAGGACAUGUUUACAAAUUGCGUGUUGAAAGAAGAACACGAAAAUUCCGUUUGUUAUCAUCUGCCAGAUCCAAAAAUGCCUUGGGCUCAAAUCUUUGGAAUUAUGGAAAGUAUUAAGCCAUUAUAUAACAUAGAAGAUUAUACAAUUAAUCAAGUGACAUUAGAACAGAUCUUUUUAAAUUUUUCAAGAGAACAAAGAGGAAAUUAAUUUUGUUAGUUUAGAAUUCAAAACUUCACAUUUAUUAUAAACACUAUAUACAUAAAAAAAUAUUAAUAUAUAAUUAAAGAUGUUAAACCAAUUUACUAAUUUUCUGAUAUCAUUUAGUAACUUCUAAAUCUUAUUAUAAUAAGCAACGUUAGAAUUAUUUUAUUUAUUUCAAAAUCAUUAACUGAAGAGCUGGCAUGCAAAAGAAAAUACUACUGUGAUCAAAAAGUACCGAGAAUGCUUCAUUUAAACUAAUAUCACUAUUGUUUAUAGCACUGUAACAUUGGGAAACUGGCCCCUAUCCCAAUUUCUACGCGAAACUCCUGGGAGCAUAGAAAGCUCUCUCAGGAGGCAUAUCACCCACAUGUCAUGUGCUGUAAUCAAAUAAACUAAACCAUACAAAACAAAACAAGGGUUUAGUUGGCCUAGAUCAGUGUUUUUC